AUGAAAGUGACCGUGUGUUUUGACUCAGUGCGCAUUGUUGUGCCCUGCGGUGCAGGUGAACUACUCGUCAGGGAUUUGAUCAGAGAGGCUAUAAGGCGAAAUUUAGAUUCUAGAAAAACAGAUUUGAAGAUUGUUACGCACACAGCUAAUAAUGAAGUGACCAAUUUGCAAAAUCUUGAUUCCGUUUCAAAGAAAAAUGUAUUAAGAAAAAAAGGCAAUACAAGAUUUUUAGAUUUGUUCAGUAUUAUUAAAUUUGAGAACAAACCAUGUUCGUUGGAGUAUGAUCUUUUAGAAACAACUGAUGGAACGUGUUAUCAUAAGACUGAAUGCGAUCGCCUUGGAGGACUUGCGGCUGGCAGUUGCGCGAAAGGUUUUGGUGUCUGCUGUAUUUUUUCUCUAAAAUGCGGCGACAUGUCUCUACAAAACGUGAGUUACUUCGAGUCUCCUGGUUUUCCCAAGCCAACUUCAUCAAAAUUAGCUUGUGCUAUAACAGUGGUGGCUCUACCUGGUAUGCAACCGCCGACAAAUGGAGAUUGCAUAGAGGAUCAACUUCUAAUUUCUGGACAAAUGGGAAACAAGUUGCCUCCAAUAUGCGGAAUAAAUACGGGACAACACAUGUAUUUGGACGUAUCACAGUCCAACUUCCUCAUGGUGAGCGCCCUAACAAAUUCGGAACGUUUGCGUCAGUAUCGUAUAAAGAUAACGCAAUUGACACCAGAACAAAAUGUACCAGAUGGUUGCCUGCAGCACUAUGAUGACCUGGACGGACGCAUUGAGAGUUUUAAUUAUGCAGAUUCAUCGAGAAUUCUCGACGCCAGGAGGCCAGGAUAUUUUCAUCCGGAAGAAGAAGCUUUACUAUGGAGAACCAAUAAUUCCUCCGAACAAGCAGGAGUUGAAGUGUUCAAUUGUCCUGAUGAUUUUAUCAUCAUCAAUGGAGUUCGACUUUGUGGAGAAAGACUGAACGAUGCUUCAUUAAUUGAAGACUUUACAAUAGAUGCACCAGUUGUUGGUAAGAAAGAAAAUAGCUAA